AUGGCAUUUUUAGCUACCAUUUCUGGCCUUGACAAUCUGUUCCUUUCUAAUACCCUAAACAAUAACUUUGAUUUCAGUAGAAAACUCCCACCAAGCCAAUCUUACAGUUUCCUUCACAAGAAAAUCCACGCUAGCGAUGUUGCGAACUCGUUCCAAACUUUUCAAGUCAAGGAACGAGAUGUUUCAUCCAAGGCAGAGAAAUUCAUCUUGCCUGAGUUUGAGUUUCAAGAAUACAUGGUAACGAAGGCAAUCAAGGUAAACAAAGCACUAGAUGAAGCAAUACCAAUGCAAGAGCCUAUAAAAGUUCAUGAAGCCAUGAGGUACUCACUUCUAGCUGGAGGAAAACGUGUCCGGCCGAUCCUCUGCAUGGCUUCUUGUGAAGUUGUAGGAGGGGAUGAAUCCUUAGCUAUACCUGCAGCUUGCGCAGUUGAGAUGAUCCAUACCAUGUCACUCGUCCAUGAUGAUCUUCCCUGCAUGGACAACGAUGAUCUACGUCGUGGCAAGCCCACGAACCAUAAGGUUUUUGGAGAAAACACUGCAGUUCUUGCAGGGGAUGCACUUUUGUCUUUGGCCUUUGAACAUGUGGCUACCAAGACUCAGAAUGUGGCACCCCAAAGAGUGGUCCAAGCCAUUGGGGAAUUGGGUUCAGCUGUUGGCUCAGAAGGGCUCGUGGCAGGGCAGAUUGUGGACUUGGCGAGUGAGGGAAAACAAGUCAGCCUAACUGAACUGGAGUACAUUCACCAACAUAAGACGGCGAAGCUUUUGGAGGCUGCUGUGGUUUGUGGGGCAAUAAUGGGGGGAGGAAAUGAGGUUGAUGUGGAGAGAAUGAGGAGCUACGCUAGGUGCAUUGGGCUGUUGUUUCAAGUGGUAGAUGAUAUUCUUGAUGUUACCAAGUCAUCAGAUGAGCUGGGAAAGACAGCGGGUAAGGACCUAAUAACAGAUAAGGCUACAUAUCCUAAGUUGAUGGGGCUAGAAAAGGCUCGACAGUAUGCCGGUGAGCUGAUGGCUAAGGCCAUGAAUGAGCUAAGCUACUUCGACUCUGCAAAGGCAGCACCUCUUUAUCAUAUUGCUAGUUAUAUUGCAAAUCGACAGAAUUGA